AUGGCUGCUGGGUCGAAUAUUUUCGACUUAACGUCCUUUACCAAAGACCUUCUGGCUGGCGGUAUUGCCGCCGCCGUCUCCAAGACGGCAGUGGCGCCCAUCGAGAGGGUGAAGUUGCUGUUGCAGGUCCAAGCGUCAAGCAAGCAGAUCAGCGUCGAUCAACAGUACAAGGGAAUUAUUGACUGCGUGGUCCGGAUACCGAAGGAGCAGGGAUUUAUCAGUUUUUGGCGUGGCAACUUAGCAAAUGUGAUUCGAUACUUCCCAACUCAGGCAUUGAACUUUGCCUUCAAGGACAAGUACAAGCAACUAUUUAUGGCAGGAAUUGACAAAGAGAAACAGUUUGGAAAAUGGUUCUUAGCAAAUUUAGCAUCUGGAGGAGCUGCGGGUGCCACAUCCCUGUGUUUUGUCUAUCCCUUGGAUUUUGCACGAACACGCUUGGCUGCUGAUAUUGGCAAAGGUCCUGAAGAACGGCAGUUUACCGGUCUCGCUGAUUGCAUUGUGAAAGUUGCGAAGCGGGACGGACCCAGGGGACUUUAUCAAGGAUUUGGUGUUUCAGUGAAUGGCAUCAUUGUAUAUCGAGCUUCUUAUUUCGGGUGUUAUGACACAAUCAAGGGUGUGCUACCGGACCAAAAGAAUACUCCAGUCUACGUGUCAUUUCUCAUUGCUCAAGGUGUGACCUCGUUUUCUGGGAUACUGUCUUACCCUUUUGAUACUGUAAGACGACGAAUGAUGAUGCAGAGCGGUGAAGCGAUGAGACAGUACACUGGAACAAUCGACUGUUUUGUGAAGAUCUUUAAGAAUGAAGGAAUUGGUGCUUUCUUCAGAGGAGCGUUUUCAAAUAUCUUACGUGGCACUGGUGGUGCUUUGGUGCUUGUGUUCUAUGAUGAAAUUAAGAAAUUGCUAAUAUUGCUGGAAGAGAAAAUAAUUUAAAAAGUUAAUUUCUUCAGAAUUCAAGUAUGCGAAUUCGGUGUUAUACAUUUGCUUGAAUGGAUUUUCCCUCAGGCAGUGUACUUUUAUAAU